UAUUUGUUCGUUUGCUGUUACGGCAGCCGCCAGUCGGUCGUUAGUUUUUGUUUUCGUUGUUCAUUUGUUUAUACUCUCGCGGCACUGGCCCCUCCCGUCCCCACAGAACUCGUUUGAAAGGCACUCACGACCUAUAGAAACCAUGGAAGCACUGGGAGAUAUAUUGGCGCCUCAUAGCGAACUAAUCGCCAAGGUAGCCGGCACAAUCACUACCCUGCAAUUCUUGUCCGGAGUGGCGCUGAUGAACGACAUCCGGAAGAAGGGUAGCAGCGACGUCUACCCCGUGGGUCCAUUUCUCGGCGGAGUGGUGCUGACCGUUCUCAGCUUAAAGCUGGCAAACAUUAUGAACGAUGCUGCCAUGAUCAAUACAAAUUUAAUUGGUCUGGUUAUCAACUUCGUCUUCCUCUUCGGAUUUUACUACUAUGCCUCGAGCGGAAGCAGGAGCAAGAUCUGGAAGCAGGUCGGCUACGCCGCGGUGUUCCUAUUGGUCGUCACAGCAUAUGCCAACUUUGAGGACCCCGCCAAGAUCGAGUUCCGCCUGGGAAUGCUGAUCACCGGAAUCUUGGUUUGGCUAGUGGGUUCUCCACUCCUGCAUCUGCCGAAAAUCAUUGAGAAGAAGAGCACCGAGGGCAUGCCAUUCCCAAUUAUCUUCGCUGGUAAUCUGGUGGCCGCUUCCUGGAUGUUAUACGCUAUUUCCAUCAAAAAUACUGUGAUGGUGCUCCAGAAUCUUUUGCUGCUGGUCUUGGGCGGCAUUCAACUCUCCAUGUUCGCUAUUUAUCCCAACAAGCCAGCUGCAAAGAAGCCGAAGGACAGUAAGAAGGACAAAUAAUUGAAAUCGAUCGCUUUACCUAGAAAAAUGGACAAAUAAUGGGUUGUUGCAACAAAAUUACCAAGUAAUUUGUAGUUAGGCUCGAGGAAUAAUCAAAUUAUUGCUUGAAUUUACACUAAACCGCCACAAAAAACAAAAAUUUGAGCUAGACGAAUUAUUUUUCUAUAUAAGAAAUAUUUUCUUAAAACAAAUCCAGCUAACUAAGUUGCUAGCUAACCUAGAAUUGUUAUUAUAUUGACUAUUAUUGUAUAUAAUUACUACAUACUUGCAAUUUUUGACAAUAAUUCAAAUCUUCCAAAUGCA